UCCCUUGCUGAAUUCUCAGAAUUCAAAUUUGGAAUCAUGGCGGCGAUUAUUCGUGUGAAACGUCGUAUUUCCGAUGGACCUUUGGAAAAUAUUGUUGUUUCUUGUAAAAAGAAUCGCUUGAUUGAGAACGUGAAUACACCUAAUGAGGAGAUUGUUACUACAGAGUUAAAGUUUGCCGGAACUGUUGUUGAUAAGGCAGAUGCUAUUUCACAGCACAUUCGUAAAGCAAUCAAAAAGGAAAAACUUGAGAAAGAAUAUAAACGUCAUGCUUGCCAGAACCCUACUGUUAGAAGCCGCACCAUUUCCCAGGCAUCAUCGAAGAACAAACGAUAUUUUGUUAUUUCAAAAUACAGGAGCCCAGAAUUGGAUAAAAUUGAUUCUGUAAAUGUUGACGAUGAAACUACUUCACAAAAAACGCAAGAUGCUACCAAAGAAACUGUGACUGACCCUGACAGGGACAAAUUGUAUGUUCUGUAUGAUAUUGAACAGGAUGUGGUCCCCAUUACUGCAAAUCCCCAGCAUAAGGAUGUUGUCACCUGCAAUUCAGUCCCCAUGGAAAGGGAAAAGGUACAUCACAACACAAACGGAGAAUAUGUGUAUGAUUUAUAUUAUACAAACCGUUCCGGAUUUGAUUAUCGCUGGCUUGAGAGCACCUCGUCCAUUGAACUGUAUGAACAGAUUUUGAUGGACGACAGAUUGUCUGAUUCUGAUGAAUAUGUCGAGGAAGAUUCAGACAGCAAUGAUGAAAACAACUGGAGAAAUGACUAUCCUGAUGAAGACCCCCACUUCUACGAUCCUAAUGAAAAAAACAGUGAUGAUGAUGAUGAUUAUGGUGACUAUGAAAACUUUGGUCUUGGUUCUGAUGACGAAAAACAAGCGAAUAUGUUGGCACACAGAAUUGAAAGAUGUUUUCUGGAUGAUGAAGAGGAAAAAGAAGAAGAAGAACGGGAAUAUUACAAGUAUCUGGACGGUGGUGGUGGUGGUGGUGGUGGUGGUGGUGGUGAGGAUGAUGAUGAUGAUGAUGCAUAUUCAGUGGGUAAAGGACAAAAUAUCGAUGGACGAUCCUAUGAACAAUACAAGAAAGACAUGUUAAAAGAAAUGAACAACACGUAGAACAGAAUGUUGUUUCUAUUAUUAAUGUCAGCAACAAGUUGAUAUUGAGAAAGGACGAAGUUGUAUAUUGGUUAACUUUGACUUUCCUUUCUCCUGGGUCAGUAAUGUAUAUAUUUAGAGAUUGAUGGGGCUGUUGAGCAUGGUUUUCACUUCAUUAAAAAUUAUUGUACAUCUUUGAGAAAAUAUUAA